AUGCUAAGUAUAGUGGAAGGCCUCUUCAUUUUCAUAGCAGUUAUUGAAACAAUACUGGGGAUAUUAGGGAAUGGGUUUAUUGGACUUGUAAACUGCAUUGACUUUGUUAAGAAAAAGAAGUGUUCUGUAAUUGGUUUGAUUCUCAUUGGCUUAGCUACUUCAAGAAUGUUUCUGAUAUGGAUAAUAAUUACUGAUGGAUUUAUAAAGGCACUCUCUCCAGAUACAUAUUCUCAUGGAAACCUAAUUGAGUAUAUUUCUUACUUAUGGGUAAUUAUUAAUCACUCAAGUGUCUUUUUUGCCACCACCCUCAGCAUCUUCUAUUUCCUGAAGAUAGCCAACUUUUCCCACCGCGUUUUUCUCUGCUGGAAGCAUAGAAUCAAUAAAGUAUUUUCCCUUCUGAUGGGACUGUUGCUUAUGUCAUGGCUAUUUAUUUUCCCAUCACUUAUAAAGACCAUUAAUGAUUAUAAAGCGAAAAAUAAAAACAUCACCUGGUAUCUCAACGCAUCGAAAAAUGACUACAUUACUUACCAGUUUUUGUGCAAUCUGGAGAUCAUUUUCUUCUUUACGCUGUCACUGGUUACAUGUUUCUUGUUAAUCAUUUCCCUUUGGAGACACAAUCGGCACAUGCAAUCGAAUGUUCUAGGUGUCAGAGACUCCAGCUCAGAAGCCCAUGUGAGAGCAAUAAAAGUUUUGAUAUCUUUUAGCAUUCUCCUUAUCUUGCAUUUUAUAGGCAUCGUCAUAGAAAUAUCAUGUAACUUGGUGCCAGAAAAGAAAGUGCUGAUGAUGUUUGGUGUGACAAUCUCAGCCCUCUAUCCCUGGGGUCACUCAUUUAUCCUAAUUCUAGCAAACAACAAGCUAAAACAAGCAUCUCUGAAGUUACUACAGCUUUUAAAGUGCUGCAGGAAAGAGAAACCUCUCAGAGCUCCAUAG